GUUAUUCACUGACAAUUCUUCGAGGUGUAAGGUCCAUUACUGAUAUGAUGAACAUGGUUCUAUGGUUUGGAUUUAUUAUCCUAGUUGGUCUAGUUGCAGGAUUAAAAGAUCCAAUUUGUGAACAAGAGCCUGGUUUUGUUGGUGAUUGCCGUGCCGCAAUGCGAAAAUAUACUUAUUUCGUUACGAAUAAUACCUGUGAACGCUAUAUCUAUGGCGGAUGUGGGGGCAACGAAAAUAUGUUUUCCACCACAAAAGAAUGUGAGGACAGCUGCGUGGAGUAAAAAUAUAAACCUUAUAUGUAUUUCACGUGAAUAAAAUCGAUAUUUUGAAUACAUUCAAUUCCCAACUCGCUUGGACAUGUUAAUAAGAUAAA